AUGGCCUCAGGCGCUGAACCGAAAGAGCUGGCGACCGACAUGAAUGCGUUGCCUCAAGUGGAAGACAGAUUACAUCCGCUGGACGGCGGUGAGCUCGACUCGGUCUCUGACGAUGAACUUGGUCGCCUUUUCUGGACGGCACCUAUCUUAUACCAAGCUCACGGUAACAAGGUUGUGCGAAUCUCCCAGAGUCUGGUUUUGAAAGGUGGCGGCACGGUGUCCCAGGGCGAGGGCGAAACGCAGCGCUUCGCUGCAGUCUGUGGAUUUCCGGUUCCUACGGUCCACCGCGUCUUUUCCCUGAUUGGGGUGUACCCUAAUUGGCCAGAGGAAGAGAGCUGGUUCAUAGUCAUGGAUUUCGUGCCUGGAAUUCUGCUUGAGAAGGCUUGGCCAGACUUGGAUACCGACACACGCGAGUUCGUGGCAGCCAAGGUGGCCGAGAUGAUCGACCGGAUGCAGUCUCUCAAAAUAUUCGACAUGCCUCCUGGCCCUGUAGACUAUGAAGAGGACAAGCCAUGGCAAGGCCCGUAUUUCACGCUAUAUGGGACCGGGCCUUUCCCAACUCUUCAAGACAUGGAAGACUGGUACAACCACAAACUAGACGUUUGCAUACGACUCAAACAGACUAGAAAUGAGACUCGAAGAUUCUCAUUCACGGAGGUGGUCCUGACGCACCAAGACAUUGCGCCCGAAAAUCUCAUUCUGCGACAAGAAACCGGGGACCUUUGCCUCAUCAACUUUGAAUUCGGAGGCAUAUAUCCAGUAGGAUUCGAACAAGCUGGUUUAGCGAGUGGGGGCCUUGGGAAAUGGAAUGAGGAGUUCCGAAAAAUGGUCUUGCCGAAGCUGUCAUAUCAAGGAGAAAAGGAACUGAAACAAUUAAAAGCUAUCAUGUAUGGACUGACGACAGGCGUAUUGUUGUAG